UCCACAUUGGCGGAAGGAGUCGUGGAGCGAACCAUAGAGCGGGCAGAGAUGGAGACGGCGGCAAGGGAAGAAUUAGAUCUGGAAGUAAUGAAGCCUUUAAUAGCAGAGCAGAAUUCGGACAGCGAAGACGAGAAUGAAAAUGAAUUGCUGCCGCCAGAGAAGAAGUAUCAACUUGAUAACCCGGAGAGCAUUUCGUUUGUACAGACACUCACUCAUCUCCUCAAAGGAAACAUUGGAACUGGACUUCUAGGCCUCCCGCUUGCAAUGAAAAACGCAGGCCUUCUGCUUGGGCCAUUCAGUCUUUUGUUCAUUGGGAUUGUAUCCAUCCACUGCAUGCACAUUUUGGUGCGAUGCAGCCAUUACCUAUCCCAAAGAUUGAAAAAAACUACCUUAGGGUAUAGCGACACAGUUAGCUAUGCAAUGGAAGUGGGUCCCUUUAACGUAUUGCAGAAACGAGCUUCUUGGGGAAGAUAUGUUGUGGACUUCUUCCUUGUGAUUACACAGCUGGGCUUCUGCAGCGUUUAUAUCGUGUUCUUGGCAGAAAACGUGAAACAAGUUCACGAAGGGAUUGUUGGAAAUAAAUCUGGCGCGAACGCCACAGGAAUCAGUGGCCCCUCGGACAAAAGGACUAUUGACCUGCGAAUAUAUAUGCUGUGUUUUCUCCCUUUUACUAUCCUCUUGGUCUUCAUCCGCGAUCUUCGGAGUCUGUCUGUGCUCUCACUUCUCGCAAACAUAGCCAUGGCCAUCAGUCUUGUAAUCAUUUAUCAAUAUGUUAUCCAGGGUUUAUCCAUUCCUCGAAAACUGCCUCUAGUGGCUGAUUGGAAGAGGUACCCGCUUUUCUUUGGCACGGCUGUCUUCGCUUUUGAAGGAAUAGGAGUGGUCCUCCCCCUCCAGAACAGGAUGAGAGAAGUCGACCGCUUCCCAUUGGCCCUCAACAUUGGCAUGGCGAUUGUGAUGACCUUGUACGUCUCGUUGGCCACCCUGGGGUAUAUGUGCUUUGGGGACGAAAUCAAAGGCAGCAUCACUCUGAACCUGCCGCAUGCAUGGUUGUACCAUAUGGUCAAGAUCCUCUACUCUUUUGGGAUUUUCAUUACCUAUUCGAUUCAGUUCUAUGUCCCGGCUGAGAUCCUCGUUCCGGCCGUUGCUUCCCGAGUGCAGCAGAAGCUGAAGCUGUUCUGCGAGCUGGCGGUCAGGGCGCUCUUGGUCUGCUCAACUUGCGUUCUGGCUGUUUCAGUCCCUCGCCUGGACAUCGUCAUCUCUCUCGUCGGAGCCAUCAGCAGCAGCACGUUGGCCUUGAUCCUGCCACCGCUGGUCGAAAUCCUCACAUUUUACAAGGAGAAGCAAAAUUUGUGGAUGCUUCUGAAAGACGUCUGCAUCGCCUCCAUGGGGGUGAUUGGAUUCGUAACCGGAACGUACGUGGCCGUGAAAGAGAUAGUUUAUCCGGCUUCUUUGAUUUCUCUCAUCGCUACAGAGCCGCCUCCGGGCUCUUUCAAUGUUUCGCACUUGGCCGGAACGCCAGUUAACCUUGGAAAAGUAUGAACUUUCCGGAGCUCCUCGUUCUGGACUCCUUUGAGAACCAAAAAAUUCUGAAUGUGAAGGUUUGGAGAUGGGAGCCUGUCAGGUGCAUUUCUGGAGAACCUAAAGCCACUCCUGUCCCAACGUGCAAGUUGUUCGGGCCCAAGGACUUUGCAUUCCUUCCUUUCCCAUUUGACCUCGCGAAGAGCACUGUUUCAAAGCCUUAUGGCUUUCCACAUGUUUCUUUGCAAAUGGGACCAGAGAGCAAAACACUAUUCUGACACCAUGUUUGGCCGUCACAAACCAACGACUUUCCCGUUCAUUGUCUUGUUUGGCCACAAUCUGCCUGUCCAAGAUCUUCUCCGUCUCAAGCCCCACAGCAGUUGAGAGAAUACAGAUGUGCUUUAAAAAUGUGAAUUCUGUUGCGUUGGUUAUGGGGCUUAGCCACAGGCACCAACUCAGUAGCUUCUGCUCCACCAGGGGCCGGGUUUUGAGCUAGCUCCUCCCUGCAGUUGCCUUUCCCUGGCCAUGAAAUGAAGUAUAACUAAAUGAACAGGUUCCAUAGCAUGGGGUAAAGAGAGACCAAAUGUGUCAAAAUCGUGUCUUCAAUUGCAGUGAUGAAGAUAUUAAAACCUGUUUACGCAAAACAACAAAAAUAACCUCUGCUGCGAUGAGAUUUUGCACGUGCAAUGUCUGCUUAGUUAUUUUUAGUGGAGCAGAACCACAAUUAUGAGUACCCAUGUAAGCCUGUUUUAAAUGUUUUUUUUUCUCUCUCUCUCCGUCGUAACUUGAAUUUUGACUCGACAAACUUGCAAGCUCCUGUAUAUUUUUUCUAUUUUAUUCCUAACACUAUAGAGGAAUUCCUAUAUUUUGUACUUGAGCGCUGUACAUUGCGAAGGAGAUAUUUCUCCAGUAUUCUACUUUAAGCAAAAAAACAACAGUAACACAAGUUCACGAGGUUUCCACUCACUUCUGCUUUGAGGAAACGAUUUUCGAUUGUAUGUAAACGCCUUGGGCAUAAUUGGAAGGAGUCUAGAGUUUUGAACUGUGUUGAAACUACGUAGACUUCAGAUGUUGAAGGGCUCUUAACUUGGGGCUGCACUCGUCCUUCCUAAGAUCUCUCCUUUGUUGUAAUCCUGUUAAAGAGUGCAGCCAGUUUAUAUGCUGAGAUCAGUGUUCUUCUCCAUACUUUUCGAAGCUCCUUUUCUGUAAGCUCCCAUGGAAAUGAUCCCUUUUAAUUUCAGUGAAGCUUGCCCAGGAAGACACUGGCUAGAUUUUUGCCCUGUUCAAAUGACGUUGGGGGUGUUCUAUAUUACAGGCCCCUUUAACUUCUCUUCAUCAGCAGCUGAGAUGGAACCCCCUAUUUCAUUAAAAAAAAAAGCCAGAUCACACCAAAAUCCAGCUAGGGGGUCUUAUCCUGGCCCCCAGGAUCUGUGCCACCUUCCCCCACCUGAGUGUAGGCCUGAUUCAUGUGACCCUUUCCCCUCCUAAAACUGGGGGAGUGUGUGAAUUCUGUGUGUAUGAAUUGAGUGCUCACACUACAUGCCACAGAGUGGGGCUUCUGUAGUCAUCCUGCUUCAAGUCCUGUCCAGGAUCCCUGCCUGUGUGUGUGUGUGUGUGUGUGUGUGUGUGUGUGUGUGUGUGUUGAAUUGCAUUUAAAACUAUAGUCGUGUUGGUCCUGCACUUUUUAAAUGAAAAAAAGCCUAUGCAACAGUUAACAGCGGCACUAAUGUUGUUCAUUCCAUGCGUACCACUACACCAGGUUUUUCCAAACUUUGGUCUCUAGCUAUUUUUGGACUACAACUCCCAUCGUCCCUAGCUAGGAGGGACCAGUGGUUAGGGAUGAUGGGAACUGUAGUCUGAAAACAGCUGGAGACCCAAGUUUUUGGGAAACCCUGCACUGCGUGAUAAAAACAUAAAGCAUCAAUGUUUUUGACUCUUCUUCCCUGCCUCCACUCACGCUCUUCCCCCGGGCUGUUUGUAUAAGAUACCUGGAGGCUACACGUCACCACGCAUGAUGGUUCAAAAACCCUGGUUUGCAAAGCAACCGCUUUGUACUGAGUUGGUGAAAAUGCAUGUUACUGCGAAAAUGCUUUCUCCCCACUAGAUCUGUGCGCUUCUUUAAUCCUAGAUCUGCAAUCCCGGAAAAAGCCUGCGGAGCUGGUAGAAUGCCCACCAUGAGCAAAAGUGUCACUUUGCUCCCCAGGUGCUCUGCAUCUAGGGCUGCUGCUGGCAGCUAAGCGGCAUAUGGGGAGAGAUCCAUGCUUCCCCUGCUUUGAUCCUGAAAUCCGACCUUUUCUCUUUUCCACCCCGAACACAGCCGAUUAAUGUUCAGAACCUCAGGUUGGCUGACGUUUCCUUCACUUCAGCCCUCGUCUCGGCUACUCUGCGCAUCUGCCGACAUGGUGCAUUCUUGAUAUUGUCCGACUAUAACUCCCAUCAGGCCCAGCCUGAGUGGCCAACGGCCAGGGGAGAUGUGGGGUGGGGUGCAACACCUGAAGCGCACUCUGUUGGCUUACCCCUGCUGGGCAAAGACUUUAAAACAGAUUGAGAACUCUAGCGAAGGCAGUGCCGAGUUUAAUUUCUCCCUCGCCCCGUGGUUCUGGCAAGCCUCUGUGUGGCUUCAGGGGAUAUAAAGCUGCCGGAUCCACUUGGCUAAUCUGUUCCCUGCCCCAUAAAUCCCACUUGGAGACGGAUGCGCAAAGCCUGCUCCUAAUGCACUGAAAGGCCUGAGCCCUUAAAUGCUCGGCUGGCAGUAGUCUUUGGCCCACACAACCUGGAUGGCGAGGCCGAGAAAGUCAUGUUUGGUAAGUCCACAAGUGCCUUUUGUAAACAGGGCUAGGGGGAGAAUUCUCAAGACCUGAGCAUCCCCAGCACCUUCCGCUGUAAAAUAGACUCCCUCUUCCAAAAUCCAGGGCAUCGGGAGCGUUUAGUCCCUGACCCUUGGGAGGAUUCCAUGCCGACAACCUUGGCAGGAGUGUGUGGCAGACUCUCCGCCCUACCAGCAAAGCUUAAAUGCUUUCUCAUCUGGUUAUUCCCCUUGCUUGGCCAGCUGGUCAGGCUUGCUUUCCUGGGCACCGCCUGAGGUGUGAGGGACUCCUCUCCUUAAUUCCCGCCUAGCGUAUUCGAAAAUGCCGACAGAAAUGGCUUAAUUCGAAACCGUGUGGCGCCUGGGAGUUCAUUCUGUAGGUGCGAAUAUUUAAAGUGUUCGCACUGUGUAUUUUUCAGUGUAUUUCCUACUGUGUAGGACCUGGCUACUUCUGGGUUUGCUGAUUGACAGCAGAUUUUGCACAGGUGUAUUGCCUCUUGUGUCGAUGGCACUACUCUUGUAUUCUAGUGUUGUGCGUUGGGCUUCAGCUGGUCUAAAGGCAUUGAAACCAGAGCAGCUGGCAUGUACAAAAUAAAAGUUCCGGGGAAUACUUGCCAAAGAUCUUUAAAUGUAGCAAAAAUAUUCUUUUUAAAAUGAAAUAGUGACGUAGUAAAAAAAUUUUUAAAAGAUGUUACAAACGAGAUGAGAUGCUUAGAUGAAGGCAGAUGGCACUAAUGAAUGACUGUAGAACUUGACUCUGACAUGUAUUUAAAGAUUGGAACAGAAAUAAUCACCCGCAAGUAAGAUGAAUGGAAACUAUUCCGCUGGUGUGUGUGUGUGUGUUUUUUUUAUGUUCGCAAAGCAUUGAAUACAAUUGAAUUAUGUUUAUAUGCCAUAUGGGAAUUUAUAUUUAAGUGGGCUAUAUUCUGAGCUGUUUUAAUGUAGCUUGUUCACAGAUGCUGGGCCAGAGGGCUGUGAGUUUAUGUGUUCGGUAGCCCUACUUGGCCUGUAUCAAAUAAAAAUGGAAACACAAUGAUCUGCUUUCCUUUCCUUUCAUGACGGACCUUCAGGGUGCAAUGGGGAAGGGAUGCAUGCUAUGGCCUCCAUCGCCAGUCAAGGGACAAAGGUCUACUGGGAGAGGCAGUCUGGCUGAUGGCAGAGGCUUGGGUUGAUGGUCGUAGGCUCAGUCCCCACCAUCUCCCAACUACAGGACUG